AUGUCGUUACCGCAUAGAGGAACUUCUCCUCCUUCCGCUCAUUCGGGGGAAUCGGCUCAUUCACCCCAAGCAAGCCAAACCAGCUUGUACGGUCCUCAGCAAGCAUACGGGUACGAGGAGAAGAACCAACACGCCGACAGUCAACAGUCCUUGCUCUACCAAAACCAACCCAGCCCAUUCAACGCCCCCUUCGAUGACCCAUAUGCUUCUUCCGAUUCAUUGCGCCGUUACACUCUACAAGACCCCGGCGUCACCAUCUUCCCCGAUGGCCCAUACCAAGAAUCCGCCGGAGGACUAAACCGUCGCUCCGGAGUCCAUUCCCCCAUGUCGGAGACUCCUUCGGAAGCCUGGCAGAACCGACAAGCGCCUGAAACUGGUCUCCGGCGUUAUGCCACCAGAAAGAUCAAGCUCGUUCAGGGCUCUGUCCUCAGUGUCGAUUACCCAGUCCCCAGCGCGAUCCAAAACGCGAUCCAGAAAGAGUAUCGCGAGUCGGAAGAAGGGUUCCCGGAAGAGUUCACCCACCUGCGCUACACGGCCGCCACUUGCGAUCCCGACGAGUUUACCCUGCGCAAUGGUUACAAUUUGCGACCGGCUAUGUACAACCGACACACUGAACUUCUGAUCGCCGUCACCUAUUACAACGAAGACAAAGUUUUGACCGCGCGCACCUUGCACGGUGUUAUGCAGAACAUUCGGGACAUUGUGAAUUUGAAAAAGUCGGAAUUCUGGAAUAAAGGUGGUCCGGCCUGGCAGAAGAUCGUAUGUACUUUGGUCUUCGAUGGUAUCGAUCCUUGCGACAAGAACACUCUGGAUAUGCUGGCCACUAUCGGUAUCUACCAAGAUGGUAUAAUGAAGCGCUCCGUCGAUGGUCGCGAAACCGUCGCUCACAUUUUCGAAUACACCACUCAACUGUCCGUUACCUCCAACCAGCAAUUGAUCCGGCCACAGGGCAAUGAGUCGACCAAUCUUCCUCCCGUCCAGAUGAUCUUCUGUCUCAAGCAGAAGAACAGCAAAAAAAUCAACUCUCAUCGUUGGCUCUUCAAUGGUUUCAGUCGAAUCCUAAACCCCGAAGUCGUUAUUCUGAUCGAUGCCGGAACUAAGCCCGGAAAGAAAUCUCUCCUUGCGUUGUGGGAAUCGUUCUAUAACGACAAGAACUUGGGUGGAUCUUGUGGUGAGAUUCACGCAAUGUUAGGAAAGGGUUGGAGAAACUUGAUGAACCCGCUCGUCGCCGCACAGAAUUUCGAGUAUAAGAUUUCCAAUAUCCUCGAUAAACCUCUCGAGAGUGCCUUUGGAUAUGUCAGUGUGUUGCCUGGAGCCUUCUCUGCCUAUCGUUAUCGCGCGAUUAUGGGCCGUCCCUUGGAGCAGUACUUCCACGGUGAUCAUACCUUAUCCAAACAGUUGGGUAAGAAGGGUAUCGAAGGCAUGAACAUCUUUAAAAAGAACAUGUUUCUUGCUGAAGAUCGGAUUCUGUGUUUCGAGCUUGUAGCCAAGGCUGGAUUUAAAUGGCAUCUGACGUAUGUGAAGGCGUCCAAGGGCGAGACUGAUGUACCAGAAGGUGCAGCUGAAUUUAUCAGUCAGCGACGUCGAUGGCUGAACGGCUCAUUUGCCGCCAGUCUGUAUGCUAUGAUGCAUUUCGGACGUAUCUAUAAGAGUGGCCACAACAUCCUGCGGUUGUUCUUCUUACAUAUCCAGAUGACUUACAAUUUUGCUGGUCUUGUAAUGACCUGGUUUUCUCUCGCUUCUUUCUGGCUGACCACUACGGUCAUUAUGGAUCUUGUCGGUACUCCUAGCGAUGCCAACAAAAAUAAGGGGUGGCCAUUUGGCAACGAAGCUUCCCCGAUUGUGAACAACUUUCUGAAAUAUGGAUACGUGUUUUUCUUGAUGCUUCAGUUCAUCCUGGCUUUGGGAAAUCGACCCAAAGGUUCACGUCUGGCAUACACCCUCUCUUUCAUCUACUUUAGCAUCGUCCAAACCUACAUUAUGGUUCUGUCCUUCUACCUUGUCAAGAACGCUUUCACUGGAGGUACCCUUGAUUUCUCUCUCGACGGUGGUGUUGGCAACUUCCUGAAGUCGUUCUUCAGUUCUGAUGGAGCUGGUAUUGUCCUGAUUGCUUUGGUUUCCACUUACGGCAUCUACUUCCUCGCUAGUUUCAUGUAUAUGGACCCCUGGCACAUGUUCACAUCCUCUUGGGCUUACUUCGCUGGAAUGACCUGCUCGAUCAACAUUUUGAUGGUCUACGCCUUCUGCAAUUGGCACGAUGUUUCUUGGGGUACCAAGGGUUCCGACAAGGGUGACUCGCUACCCGCUGCCGAGACAAAGAAGGACGACGCCAAGUCAAACUUCAUUGAGGAAGUCGACAAGCCACAGGCUGAUAUCGAUAGCCAAUUUGAGGCAACUGUCAAACGUGCGCUGGAGCCUUAUGUCGUGCCGGAAGAGCAGGAUGAACGCAGCAUGGAUGACGGUUACAAGGCUUUCCGUACCAACCUGGUGUUGAUUUGGAUUUUCAGUAACUUGAUCCUUGUAUUGUGUAUCACCAGUGAAGGUAUUACCCGCUUCUGUCUCACGAACACUUCUACCGUCCGUACUUCUAAAUACUUCGCUGCCAUUUUGUGGACGACUGCCGGCCUGUCGAUUUUCCGGUUUAUUGGAUCUGUCUGGUUCCUGGGCAAGUCUGGCAUCUUGUGCUGUGUCUCCCGUCGCUAG